AUGGAUAAUGAAUUAGAUCGAUUUAUUGAAGAUUGCAAUACACUUCAAGAGAAAAUUAACACAAUAACUCAGAACAAAGACUUUAAUAUUCCGCUACUUACAGAAAUUGAUGAUUGGGAGAAAAUGAUUAUUGAAAAGGUUAAAAAAGUCGCUGAACAAGUUCGAGAACAAGUGAUUAAACUACCGAACGAAAAGGAAGUGGAAACAAAAUUUAACUUUGAGAAAUAUAGACAGAAUCUCAAUCAAUUAAAAGAAACCGGUGAUUUUGUCGAGUAUGAUUUGAAAUACCUCGAACAAACAGUUUAUCAACUUAAUCAAGAUCUAAAACGAUUAAAUCAAUCACUUGAAUUCGAGUUGUGUAAGGAGCAAAGUAACCAAAUACAAUGGGAUAGUCUCAUUUAUAUCAAAGAAAACCCUUCUUACGCACUAAAGCAAUCUCAACAACAACAAGUAAACGACCAAACUCAAAUUGUGGUAUCAUCUCGUCAAGUGACACUCGAUUGUGGUGGUCAUCCUUGUACAAUAUGUAAUAAAUGUUGCGAUUGGAAUCGUAAUGUCAGGCGUGCUGGUGCCACUUGCACUCGUAAUUCUGUUGGUACUUGUUAUACUGCUUAUUGCGAUUGUCCUGGUUCUUGUCAUUGCAGUUAUAAUGAUCAUAUUUAUAGUGAUGUAUGUAAUUGUGCAGAGAACAAAUGA